CUCAUGGCGCCAUGAGCCUCCCGCCCGGCCGCCCUCCCUCAGAGCUACCGAGGAGGAGGAGACUUCGGCGGCAAAGCCGGGGUCCUCCAAAGCUGUGAGCGAGGGCGGCCAUGGGGCGGCAGGAGGUGAGGGCGAAGGCCGGCCAUGGGGCGAUAGGAAGAGGUGAGGGCCGAGCCCCGUCGCUAGCAGGUCCCGGCCCCCCACGCCGCCGGGGCCGUCCCCGCCUCCUCCCGCCUCACGGAGGACCGGCGAAGGGAGGCGCGACAGAGCCCGUCCUUCCAACUGUUUUGUCGCUCCGGCCGACCCGUAGCGCUUUCCUCUUCCCCUCCCUCCAUCAUGGAAGGAGCGGCGGCGUCCUCCGAGGGCCUGCGCUAUGCCGAGUACGCCAGGGUCCCUGCGGGCGCCGGCAAGGGCCAAGCCGAGCUGGACCGAGGGCUGGCCAGAACUAUGAUAGCACUUGGACUUGGUGUUGCGACCGUUGCAUUUGCAGGUCGUUAUGCUUUCCACCUUUGGAAACCGUUGGAGCAGGCAAUUACAGAGACAGCAAAGAGGAUUUCAACUUCUAGUCUUUCGUUGUACUAUAAAGGGGGAUUUGAACAGAAAAUGAGUAGGCGAGAAGCUAGUCUUAUUUUAGGUGUAAGUCCAUCUGCUGGCAAGGCCAAAAUCAGAACAGCCCAUAGAAGAAUCAUGAUUUUGAAUCAUCCUGAUAAAGGUGGAUCACCUUACUUAGCAACAAAAAUAAAUGAAGCAAAGGACCUGUUGGAAUCCACUGCCAAAAACUGAAAGGCAAAGCCUUGGGUCAUAAGAGAUUCAGCAGAUACAUCGUGCAGCAGCUUUCAUAUCUACUUGCUCUGCACAGUUUCUUAACACCACAUUGAUUGUUUCUAUUUAUUGUCAUAAUUAAGAGUUUAAGAUUAUUUGAAAGCAAACUGAAAUCUUUUACAGUUAUGUAAAGUUAUAUACAGUUACGCUCCUGUGAGGAGCAGGGCGUUGGACUGGAUGAUCCUUAUGCGUCCCUUCCAACUCAAGAUAUUCUAUGAUUCUGUGUAUUAAUUUUAGUGUGUUUUUACUGAACUAUGAUCCAUUACAAGCUUUGAAAAUAUUCUCCUACUGUCUGUGUUUUUUCUUCAGAAGUCGUUGCUCUUUCAGUGAACUUUUGGAGCUUUUUAAAAUGUAAAAAAUAGUCUUAAAUAUAGGCUUUCUUCUUCAUUGAUGAAGACUUGACCGUUGCCAGAAAACCUGGGACAAUGUAUUGAGUCACAGGGAGUAUGGCAGACCCCGUACGGCAAGUUUUCAACAUAACCUUACACUUGAACCUGUUCGUUUGUGAAAUAGUAGUGCUUAUUCACGAGCGCGGUUUGAGAUGGAACAAAAUGACUAACAGCACUACAGACUGCAGUUUCCAUUAGCUGUAUCCAUGGGCCUUGGAGAUACGAAGGAAGAGCCUUGGCUUCGGUUCGUUCUUUUGCAUAUUAAAAGAUCUCUGAAAUUGUCAAAUAAUUCUUUGGAUGUGCUUUUACUUCAAGCCACAGAGUGCGCUUACUCUAGCAGCUGGGGUGGUGCAGGGGUUUUCAUGGCAGUGGAACUGAAGAAGGUAGGUCCACGUGGCAUGAAGUUCAGGUGGAUUUUAUAGGCUUAUGGCUCUGGGUGGACUUACUGGGUUAGUUCUCCAGUAAUUCCCACAUCUCUGCAUUAUGCUCCGUUUCCCAAAGUAUCAUACGCACCUCCUUAUGUAGCACCUUAGCAACGUAGUGCUGGCUUUGGGGAAUACUGAAGCUGUGGACCUCUGACCUUAAAGGGAACACAUUUUAAUUAGCAGCUGAGAGAUGCUAUUUGGGGCACUUGGCUGCUGCAAAUUCCUACCAGUAAGUUGGCUGCAGGUGAAUUAACUCUCCUAAGAGGAGGAUGAUGAGAUGAGACAGUCUAGUGGAUUCAUUGCAAGACUGAAAAACUUUCUAGUAUCCAUUCAAACUCGUAUCAUUUGAGGUACAACAAACAGCAAUCCCAUUUCCUAGGUUAUUUAGCCAGAGGAAAGUGGCUAAGAGCAGUUAAAUAAUUAAAGCAUCCAACCUCAUAUUAUCCAUCAUAACAUGCAUCCAGUGGUGUGUGUCCAGAUUGCAUGGAUUUUUCCUUGAAAGGAAGAAAGAAUGUGAUUUAUUUUUUUUUAUCGGGUUCCUCCCACUUUGUCACAAUUCCCUUACUUUCAUUAAAGAUAGAUGAAAAAAAAGUAGACCCUGAAAGAAAAUACUAACUUUAGGUAAUUUAGAGACUCCUUGGCAGUUGGAGUGGCAGGAAAUACGACACCACUUGACUGGAUAAAGCAAAAAGGCUGCAGGGAAAAACCUGCUUGGGAACAGGCAUACGCUGUACGAGUACUACACUCGUGACAUUUAACUAAUGCUCUAAUAGAAGAAAAUUUAAAUUAAAGAUAAUGGACUUUAUUGCUAUGCAGUAGCCUUAAUUGUUUUUUGUUGAAGGAGUAGCCACCAAUUAAUGCAACUUUAAGAUUAGUUAUUCCUUGCACUGAUAUAUCAGUAUAUAUCAGACCUUAUAGUGCCCUUCCAGUACCUGAAGGGGGCCUACAGGAAAGCUGGGGAGGGGCUGUUUGCAAGGGCAUGUAGCCAUAGGACGAGGGGCAAUGGUUUUAAACUGGAGCAGGGCAGGUUUAGAUUAGACAUUAGGGAGAAGUUCUGUACAAUGAGGGUGGUGAGACACUGGCACAAGUUGCCCAGAGAGGUGGUGGAGGCCCCAUCCCUGGAGACAUUCAAGGCCAGGCUUGAUGAGGCUCUGAGCAACCUGAUCUAGUUGAAGAUGUCCCUGCUUACUGCAGGGGGGUUGGGCUAGAUGACCUUUAAAGGUCCCUUCCAACCCAACACAUUCUAUGAUUCUGCGUAUUAGCAAAAAAAAAAAGUAAAUCCUUAAGGUUUUCAUUUUGGGAGCAGAGAAGUGAGAUGGUGGGGUUGUUCUUCAUUUUCUGAAGUGGAGUCUGGUAAGUCAUCUGAGUCAUUGUUCAAAAGCAAAAUUGGUGUGUAUGGUAGGUAGCAAAACCGUUCUCUGUAAUGAUUUUGAACUGAUUAGCUGUUGUUUUCAUAUGAUUGCCUUCUUUUUUUUACCCCUGAGUAAAAUGAGGUAUAAAGAGCUAUUCUAAAGUAUCAGUUGAAAGAAAUGCAUUGAAGAAGGUUACUUGUUCUGGUCUUAAAAGUUAACUUCCCAUGUUUUUGUAGGAAGUGCAGGUUUUAUUUUGGUGAGAGCGUGUUGUUGAUAGUUUUCUUCCUGAUCUAAUUAUUUAUAUCUGAUUAUUUUGGAUGAAACGCUUUUUUCUGUCUUUCAGUUAUGACAGAGAUUGUGCUUCUUAAUAAAAAGAAGUAAAACCAA